UUUGUUGAACGCAAUUUUCCAUCAAGAUAUAUUGCUUUUUUCGCACAACAAAUAGGGUGCUUUUCGCUUUCUCCUCGUUCAGAUGUGCAUUUAAAAAUAGAACAUUAAAAAACGGCUAUAGCGCAGCAAAUGUCGCAAUAUGUUGUUUUUUUUGUUCGUUCUUUGGUAUGGCUUCAGCAACAGCAGCAGCAUCACAGUGAGAGAAACAGAGAGGGAGAGAGAGUGCGGAAAGGACUGUCAGUCUAUCAAUUUCGACACACCUGUCCUGGCCUGGCUGGCCGGUCCUGAAGAAAAUGUGAACACGAUCCUCGAACAAGGUGGAAAGUCAAAGUAGUUCUGUCACAGACAUAAUCGGAAUGGCGCAGAGACUUAUGUAAAACCUUGAUCGACUGCAUUCCAGAAGUUGAAGGAGUGUGGGAGUGCGGGCAACACUGUCCAGGAGCACUUGAUUCUACGUCUGUGUUUGGGAAACGCUACACUGGUUGCUGUCAUUGCACACGCAUAUUCAAACUCACUUAAAUGUACUCAUAAAUGGAGUUUGAGUUUAUUUCACCCAUUUUUCAUGGAAUUUUGAGUGAGAUAGACUCAACACUUGAAAUUUAGAACAUUUGACCUUUCCAAAAUUCAAUUGUUUUUGAUGAAAUUUGAGUCAUUUUGAAUGAUCAUGUCGACAGAACAUUAAAAACUCCAAAUCGAGUCGACACCAUUUGCAAUUUAAUUAUUCCGCGCGCUCUCACCGCAACGUGCCCACGUUUUGCUCUCCCUUGUAUAUGCUCUCUGUUUACUACUUCAAUGCCUUCAUCCUGUCCGUCUUGUCGUAUGCUGUUUAUGUAACUUGACGUUUUACGCAAAGUCGCUUUUCCUCUGGUGCUGCUGCGUGUGUUUUUUUGAGGAUUUCUCGCAAAUUUUUUAACCCACAAUCUUAAUUCGUCGAGUUGGAAAGUUUGCCCACAGUAGAUAGUAGGCCGUUGACCAUUACCGGAGCCUGCGAUCCGGAACGAUCCACCCUAAACCAAGUCGGAGCUGGCAGAUCAUCCUUCAGCCGCUGUUCAAGAUGAUUCGGCGUCUGUUUAGUACCCUGAUAGCGGACUAUCCGCCGGUCGGGGAGUUCCUCCCGGCGGCGCCACCCCCCAACGGAGGACCACAUCAAGCGUCCGCCGCUAGUGCCACGUUCCGCGCGUCCCAGCUCGAGUCACUCAACUGGCUGCACUCGGUUUCGCCGUGCUUUCCCGUGUCCGGCGACCGGAUCGACAUCAUCCAGGAACCGGCACUGUUCUACGAUACGCUUGUGGCGAAAUGUGCCGGUGCCAAGCGGCGGAUCAUGUUGGCCAGUUUAUAUUUGGGGAUCGGAAGUCUCGAGACGAGAUUGGUUGACGCAAUUCACGCCAACAUGAAGAAAAAUACGAGGUUGACGGUGGACGUGCUGCUGGAUUUCACCCGGGGAACCCGCGGAGAAAGAAACUCCCAGACGACCCUGAUGCCACUGCUCGAGGAGAGCGACAACUGCCGGCUAUCGCUGUAUCAUACGCCGGUUCUACGAGGGAUCACCAAACGGCUGGCGCCACCUCGGUGGAACGAACUGCUCGGCAUCCAGCACAUGAAGCUGUACCUGGUGGACGAUACGGUCAUCAUCAGCGGGGCGAACCUCUCGAACGAUUACUUCACCAACCGCCAGGACCGGUACGUGAUGAUCGAGGACCGUGGCCUCGCGGAUUUCUACGCAAACUUCCUGAAAAAGGUGCAGGAGUUUAGCCUCAAGGUGGACCGAACGGGCGAAGCCAAGCUGCACGAGAACUGGAACAUGCUUCCGUACAAGAGCGCCCAGGUGGACUUUGCCACGGAAGCACGCGAGCGCAUCCGGAGCUACUUCCGGGGCGUGAUGGACCGCCAGCGAAGCAUUUGCGAUGAGGAUAAAGCGUCGGACACGUGGAUUUUUCCACUGAUAGAAAUGGGCCAGCUCGGCAUCCACCAUGACAGUUUGGCCACGCGAAAUUUGCUCUCCGGCUGCUUGAAGGACUCGCAGCUUAAGCUGGCAACCGGGUACUUUAAUCUGACCGAAACCUACAUGGACACACUGACGAAGGAUUGCCAGGCCGAGUGCUGCAUCCUGAUGGCGCAUCCAAACGCGAACGGCUUCCUCGGCGCGAAAGGUCCGGCCGGUGGCAUCCCGGCCGCUUACUCGCUCAUCGCGAAAAAGUUCCACCAAAAGCUGAAAGAGUCCGGCCAGGACCACCGCGUGUCCCUGCUCGAGUACGAACGCACCGGUUGGACGUACCACGCCAAGGGUCUCUGGUACUACCUCCCAGGUUCGACCCUGCCCAACCUAACCCUCAUCGGAUCGUCCAACUUUGGCGAGCGGUCCGUCAACCGGGACCUGGAGGCGCAGAUCUGCCUCGUCACGACCAACGGGGGCCUGCAGCGGAAGCUGCAAGCCGAGUACGACAACAUCCUGCAGCAUUCGGCCGCGGCCGAAACGGAACGACCGGUGCCGCGCUGGGUACGCGCCGUCGUCGGACUGUUUAGGAACUUUUUCUAAGGAGGGGUGGGAGGAGGUGCCAUUCAAUAUUUUUUUCGAAAUCCCGGUGAUUACUGACUGCUGGUGGUACCUUUUACUGUGAAGUUUAGCGAAUAGUUCAGUGUUUGUUGACGAGAAGCGCGAGGAGUGUGUGUUGAGCACGGUUUAUUUGUUGAAGAUUUGUUACGGAAGCACAAAGACAAAGUUGAAAUACAAUUUCAAAAAAAUUAAAACAGCUUAAAACUUUAAUCAAAAUAUCUUCCAAAGUGUUUGCCUGCAGCGAAGCCGUAAUUCUCAAACCGGUACUACUACUACUUAGUCAAUACAGAGAUCACGUUGUUAUAGUUUUACAUAUCUAGAGCAAAGGGAAUUAUAGUCAAUAAACAAAUAUUUUCGUGUAUUUGAGCCGCUAGCGAGAAAUUAUCAACAAAAUAAAACAGAAGAAUCUAAUAAAUUUUGACGAGCAUGCUGUUCAACAAACCGA